ACGAUCGCGCUCCUCCUCCCAGGCGGCUAUCUCGAUUCCUACGGUAAUUUGGUCGUCCGCGCUGCCUUAUCUCUCGCCCAGUUCCACGGGCGCGAUGGCCUUUCCCAACUCCAGGACUCGUCGGGGCGCCGCGCAUCUUGGCUACGACGAUGACGGACAGGAUGAGCUCGAAAGACGUGCGGAUCGCUACGGACACGGUCAUGGACGGUGACAUGGACGAGGCUGAGCUUGCAAGGAUGGGCUACAAGCAGGAGUUGAAACGAGAUCUUGGACUGCUCCAGAACUUCGGCGUGUCCUUCUCGAUCAUCAGCGUCAUCACCGGUGUUAGCUCUCUGUUCGCAUAUGGCCUUAAUACUGGAGGGCCGGCUGUGAUGGUGUGGGGAUGGAUUGUCGUCGCUUGCUUCACGAUGUCCGUGGGCCUUGCCAUGGCAGAGAUUUGCAGCGCACACCCGACCAGUGGUGGGCCUUAUUUCUGGGCAGCCAUGCUCUGCAAACCAGAGGAUUCCGCUUUCGCAUCUUGGAUAACGGGCUGGUUCAACCUUCUCGGUCAAGUGGCGGUGACCACCGGCAUCAGCUUCGCAUGUGCGACCUUCAUCUCUACGCUCGCGACAUUCGACACAACGUUCGUCCCCACGGCAAAGACGACUAUCGGCAUAUAUGCAGCCGUACUCGUCGCCCAGGGUCUUAUCAACACCUUCGGCGUUCACCUGCUCAGGUAUCUCAAUAACGUUUCCGUAUGGUGGCAUGCUAUUGGGACCGUGGCCCUCAUCAUUGCCGUCCUCGCGGCAGCUCCGUCACACCAGUCUGCCCACUUCGUGUUCCAAACGUUCAUCGACGGCACCGGCGUCGGCGGCGUCGGUUGGAGUCAGCGGGCGAGCCCAGCCUAUGUCGUGAUUGUCGGCAUCCUAAUGGCGCAGUACACGCUGACAGGGUUCGACGCCAGUGCUCAUAUGACAGAAGAGACGCACAACGCCGCCAUGUCUGGGCCUAUCGGGAUUGUCAUGGCCAUUGGUGUAUCUGCGGUGCUCGGAUGGUUCCUCAUCCUCGGCCUGCUCUUCUCUAUACAGGACCUCACAAACACUGUUGGGAGUGCGACGGGAGAGCCUGUCGCUCAAAUCUUCCUUGACACGGUCGGAGAGAAGGGCGCCAUCGUGCUUAUGGUCAUCGUCAUCGGCUCGAUGUUCUGGUGCGGGACGUUCUCGAUCACGUCCAACAGCCGCAUGAUGUAUGCCUUUGCGCGUGACGGCGGGAUCCCAGGACACAGAUUCUUCCAGCAAGUCGACGCCAAGCGGAAGUCGCCCAUCCGGACAGUCUGGCUCGCAUGCACGCUCAGCUUCAUCCUGGGCCUGCCUAGUCUCGGCAGCUCCGUCGCGUUCUCCGCGGCGACGAGUAUCGCGACUAUCGGCCUGUACAUCUCCUACGGCAUCCCGAUCGCGCUGCGCGUCGUCUAUGCGUCGCGCUUCGUCCGCGGGCCGUUCCACCUCGGCGCGUUCUCGUUCCCCAUCGCGACCGCCGCGGUGCUCUGGAUCUGCUUCAUCACGAUCGCGUUCAUCCUCCCCGAGGAGAACCCCGUCAACUCGCAGACGCUCAACUACGCGGUCGUUGCAGUCGGCAUCGUCGUCACGUAUAGUCUUGGGUUCUGGGUCAUCAGCGCGAGGAAGUGGUUCACUGGCCCCGUAAAGCAGAUUGCUGCGGAAGCAGCCGGGGUCGAUGUUAUGGACCCCGGUGUAGCAGCUUCCGUGGUCGACUCGCCUGAGAAAGGUAGUGACGGAAGGAGUUCCAUGUAACAUGUAUCUUGUGUAAUAUUCCCUUUGUUUGUUGUCGCGAUUAUACCUCUUCAGUAGACCUUACGGCAUUGUGCUGCUUAUUACUGAGAGCCCGAUGUUUUCUGGCCGUCGCGGUCUUUGUCCCGUGAUGAGUUUCUGCGAAGCCGUCUCACUCA